AUGACAGUAAAAAGCAUGUUGCUGUCUCAGUAUCAGUAUGGGUGUAGGUAUCUUGACGAGUUUCCCGGCUACAGAGAGGUCUUCGAGAUGGAAGGCAACUUUGUGGGUGGAAUCAUCUUUCCGGGCUCUGGAUGGUUCCAAGUCUUCAGCCUGAGGCGCUGCAAGGAGCUGAUUGAUGAGGAAGAGCUUUUCCGGGGGCAUCGCUAUCGCCAUGUGGUCUUAUCGCGGUUUGACAACAUGUGGCUGGAGCCUCAUCCGUUGAUCCCGGACCGGCUGGGCUGUUGGAUUCCCUGGUACCGUGGGGGUAACGACUGGGGAGGUCUCAAUGAUCAUCAUGCUUGGUGUGACCGGCACAGCGCAGAGAUUUACAUGUCCGGCCGCUACAGCUCUGUCGUAGAUGCCGCGGAACGACGGGAGCUAAGGGAGUGGUACGAGAGCUGUGGGAAAUUCACGUAUCCGGGCAGUCUGAAUGUGGAGAAGCAUAUUCGUUACAUCCUGGAGAAGGCAGGUAUCCCCGUGUACCGCUUCCAUGGUGGCCCAUUUCGCAGCUGCGCUGCAACAUCCAAUUCGGCAGGACCGGGGAAGAGCUGCCGAUAUGAAGAAGAGUUAGGGAUGCUUGGCAAAAGCAGUGGGACGCAGCUGCUGGAUGUACUGGAGCGACAUCGGCAGAAGAAGCCGGAAGGCGUGCGCUGGCCGAUACUUGCGCUGAAUCGGGUGGAUGGUGGGCAGUAUCCCCACCAUCCCGCAUUCCGCGAGUUCCCGUGUCAGCCGUGGCCGGUUACCGAGAAGUUUGUCUUUGAUUGGACGGGCCUACGCUGGCCCAAGAGUAUCUGUCGCAGUGACGUGGUGGUUCACCAGAGUGAUCACUGGAAGGCAGAGAGGGAGGUCUGGAAAUUGGUCUGCCAGCUGCACAUUGCUCAUCUGAGAUCCGGGCUUCAGCUGGCGCAACCUCCUCUACCCCCAGUGGAUGCUGGCUACUUCCUGGCCAUCGCAAUUGCGGAGGCAGUGCUCCGCAGUGAUGGGCCGUUUGUAAUGGGAACUUUCGGAGCGCGGCUGGGGCACUUGGCUGCACGCGCCGCAAAGCUCUUGAAUCGAAGGGCAAGGUCCUCGCAGCUCUUUGUGGCGGAAGGUGCAGUGGGCGAGGAGUGGUUUUGCGAGCUGUUGCCGCAGGUGUUUCUGGAAGACCUGCAGAAGGUAGAUCUCCGCUGUGGCCAGACAUCCGUGGCUGCAUUCUUGGAGUGGCUUGAGGAGCAGGCCCAUGUGGACCUUGUCCUCCUUUCCGCGAGCCACGCAUCCUCGCUGAGGGAGUGGAGGGAGACUUUAAUGACGCGCGCUGACACGGUGGCCAUCCUGGACGUGAAGCACGAG